AUGGUACUUAUAGAAAGUGACAGCCAAAGGUCUUCUCUCUCAUUCGAAGGAACACCGAAGGGAAGCGGUACUAUGCGGGAGGAUGGCGAUGGGGAUGGGGAUGGGCAAAGCCUGGGGGAAGGUCCUGGGGAAGUGGCGGAGGCAGGGACCGUAGUCAGCUCAUCGUGCAAGCGCAUCAACGACAACACCGGUUCGUCACCUCCACCUCCAGCGGCAGACUCGCAGCAGCGCUCCCUCCCCGCGUUAUCUCCGCGUUCCGCCCGCAACCCGCCUGCCUCUUUCUCCGCGAGCGCCAACCGCAGCCGCACUCCCCUCCUCCCGCCCGUUAGCCCGCCUGCGGCAGUCGGUGCGGUCAUGAGCUGGCGCGGGGGCCCGCGAUGGGCGGACGAAGCGGAGCGAGAAGAGCGCCAACAGGGCUGGCUGGGGGACGAGGGUGCGGACGAGCAAGCAUACCGCGAUCCGCGGGAAGGGGAUCUGGUGGCCCAAGAAACGACGAGUGGGCGGGCGGACUGUGUCCGGGGAGAUGGGCGCGAGGGUAAAGGGAAGGAGGAUACUGCGGGUGAGGCAGGGGAAACGGAAGGGGGAGCAGAAGGGGGAUCGGGGGGAGGCGUGGGUCCCGAAAAGAGCAGAGGGGAAAGCAGAGGCGUGGAGCAGCUGCGUUCUCAUAUCGAGAGCUCGCUUAGCGUUCCGUUCACGUCUCCUGUCCCUGGCAUCUCGUCGCGUGCUUCGCAGCGGAACGCUCGGACGCGGUACGGACCGUUGACUGGCAGGAUGUGGUGGCGCGAAGGCACUGCCAACUCUGCGAUAGACGGUGCUGGUGGUAGUGGUGCUGGUGGUAGUGGUGCUGGUGGUAGUGGUGCUGGUGGUAGUGGUGGUAGUGAUACUGGUGGUGCUGGUGCUGGUGCUGGUGGUGGUGGUGGUGGUGGUGCUGGUUCUGCUGCUGCUGGUGUUACUGGCUCUGGAUUUGGUGUGGCGCCCGGUGUGGGUAGAUGUGCCAGAGAAGGAGGCUUGGGAGAUGGUGAUAUAGGAGAGAGUGAGAGGAGGAGAGUUGCGAGAGCAGUGGAAGAGGAGAAAGCGACGGAGGGAGUCGGUUGUGUUUCUGAGGUAGGAGACGGGAUUGAGCUGGCAGGGAGAGGCGGUGGUGCUUCUCUUUCUGCUUCUGCUUCUGCUUCUGCUGCUGCUGUUGCUGCUGCUGGUGGUGGUGCUGGUGCUGCUGCUGAUGCCGCUGCUGCUGGUGGUGCUGGUGCUGCUGCUGCUGCUGCUGCUGGUGUUGCUGCUGCUGCUGCUGCUGCUGGUGCUGGUGUUGCUGCUGCUGCUGGUGCUGGUGUUGCUGCUGCUGCUGCUGCUGCUGUUGCCGCUGCUGCUGCUGGUGUUGGUGCGGCUGCUGCUGCUGCUGGUGCUGGGGCUGGCGAUGCAAUGGGUUUUGAUGAGGCAAUGGAGGCUGGGGGAUGGAGGAGGGCCGAGGGCGGGCGGAUGUACAGGAUUCGGGGUGGGAGAGAAUAUUUCAUGGGCUAUGGCUAUGGGGACUACGAUGAUGACGAUGACGAUGAGGAUGAUGAUGAUGACGUGGAGGGGGAGGGGGAUGCGCUGAUGCGGCGGUAUCAUCUUGAUGUGACCUGGGCUAGGAGAGGACCGAGAGACCGCUUGGAGGUGGGUAGGGAAGGUGGCGGCAGGAGGGACAGGUGGUAUGAGUUGGACAGGCGGGGCGGGGAGGAGUGGAGACGGCGUGCGCGCGAUUGGGGGCUGGAUGAGUGGAGGAGGGAUGAGUGGCGAAGGGAUGAGUGGUGGAGGGAUGAAUGGAGGAGGGAAGCGUGGAGGAGGGAUGAGUGGAGGGAGGUAGAGUGGAGGAGGGCGAUGGAAUGGGACACGAGGGGCGGGAGAGAAUGGGCAAGAGAGUGGGAGAGGAGGAGGGAUCGGCGGGGGCUGGAGCGCGGAGGGAUGCGGGACGUUGAAAGGCAGGUGGGGGAGGGGGGUGCCGGGGUAGGGGGAGGAGGAGCACGCAUGGAUUGGAGAUUUCAAAGGAUGGAACAGCAUGAGAGACCACCCGCAGACAACCCACACCCACACCCCGACCUGGUCCCAGACGUGCUCUACCACGUCUUCUCCUUCCUUGACCACCCCUCCCUCUGCCGCGCAGCCUUAGUCUGCCAGCGCUGGCGCCUCGUGAGCGAGCACCACGAGUUCUGGCGCCACCUCUCCUUCCAAGGCUUCCCCGCCGCCACCUUCGCCCACGUGCACCGCCUCGCGUGCAAGUACCCGCAGGCGCACUCUCUCAACCUCUGCGGCCUGCGCUUCACACAGCAGCAGAUGGAGGCCAUUCUCACCCCGCUCGCCUCCCACCUCCGCAGCCUCUCCCUCGGGCUGGAGCGAAUCCCCGAAGACAUCUUCGCGUGUAUCGAAACCUCCUGCCCGUUGCUCACGCACCUGCGUGUGAUCGACGCCGUGAUUGGAAACCCCAUGCUGCCGGAGCUUUUCCUCUCCAACCCUAAGCUAGUCAGCCUGCACAUGCUCUCCUGCUGUCUCCUCCGUGUGGUGCUGAACCUCCCAGAGCUCACCCACCUCUCGCUCGCCCGCACCACCGUCACCCAAGUCACCCUCUUCUGCCCGCGCUUGCUCUCCCUCGAUCUCUCCGGCUGCCAUAAGCUCUCGGAUUCCGGUCUCCGAGUGGCUGUCCUCGACUGCCCGACUAUCACCGCUCUCAACAUCUCCUCUUGCUCCUACACCAGCGAUGAAACCCUCUCCCAGAUUGCCACGCAUUGCCGGCUCCUAACCUCGCUGGAUAUUUCCGGCUGCUCGAAUGUGUCUCUGGACCGGGUUCGUCUGCCGCAGCUGACGAGUCUGCGCCUGGUGGGGUGUGAUAGCAUCACAAACGCGUCCCUCGCGUCCCUCGCGCACUGCAUGCAGCUGGAGAGUCUGGUAAUGGAUGGCUGCCCGCUGCUGUCGGCUGUGACCCUGGUGCUGCCCGUGCUGCGGCAUAUCUCCGUGCUGGGGUGCCGGCAGCUGAAGAAGGUGUGUGUGACGAGCGAGAGGCUGGAGAGCAUUGGGAUCGCGCCCACUGUGGGUGGUGUUGUUCCUGACUGCUCUUUCCGCCUGCAGCAGCAACAGCAGGGGCAGCAGCAGGGGCAGCAGCAGGGGCAGCAGCAGCAGCAGCAGCAGCAGGGCCGGCAACAGGGGCAGCAGCAGGGGCAGCAGCAACAGCAAGACCAGGGGCAGCAGGAUGAGUGGAUGCAGCAGGAGGAAGGCGACGUGGAGAGGCGAAUGGAUCAGGUGGAUGGGGUGGCAGGAGCAGAUGCGGAGAGGCAGGAGCAGGGCGAGGGUGCACAAGCAAGGCUGGCAAUGCUGGCACGGCUGACAAGGCGCGGACAGGCAGAGGUUCAGGGGCAGCACGGGGUGCUGAGCAGCUUGGAGAUUCGGUCGCCUGCGAUGCAGCGCCUGGACCUGCGGUCGCAGCUGUACCUGGAAUCGCUCGUGCUGCGCUGUGGUAAUCUGGUGGAGCUGCAGCUGUCUGCGUGUGAUGGGCUCACGAACGAGGUGUUCCGCUCGCUGAGUGAGGUCGAUGCGUGCCCACGCCUGGCUGUUCUGCACAUGGACGACUGUGAGGGCCUGACCGACGUGCACCUGACAGCCCCCUCCCUCCAGUACCUCUCUCUCACCGGCUGCCGCCGCAUCACCGCCCUCUCCCUCGCCUGCCCCGUCCUCCACACGCUCCUCCUCGAUUCCUGCGACAACCUCUCCUCCGCCUCCCUCGCCCCCGUCGCCCUCACCUCUCUCAACUUCGGCAUCUUCCCGCACCUCACCUCCCUCCGCCUCCACGCACCCGCACUCACUUCCCUCGAGCUCUGCGGAUGCGGGCAGCUGCAAUUCACGGAUAUCCGCUGCCCGGAGCUCACCUCUCUCGACGCGUCUUACUGCAGUCUUCUCUCCAAUGAGUGUCUACUCGCCGUCUCCCUCCACUGCCCGGCGAUCCGCACGCUUGUACUCGCCGCGUGCCCCACCGUCGGCCCUGCAGGCUUAGCUGCGUUGUCUCUCCUGAAAAGGCUGUCCUGUCUGGAUCUGUCGUAUACGUUUCUCACCUCGCUGCACCCUGUGUUCUCCACGUGCCAUGGGCUGGUCACCCUGCGGCUUUCUGCGUCGCUCAACUUCACAUUCGCCAUUAACGUCACGCAUGCACACAUCGCAUGCCCGCAACUUACCUCCCUCAACCUCAGCAAGUGCAAGUCGCUGGCUACUCUGCAUCUCGACUGCCCUCGUCUCACCACACUCACCCUCCAGAUGUGUGCGCUGUCGUCAUCAGAGCUGCUUGCAGCCAUGGCUGGUUGUCCUUCUCUUGAAACCCUGGACGUGCAGCAUUGCCCCAAUCUUGACACGGACACAGUGUCUCAGCUCAGGGAGCAACACCCUAGCAUCCAGAGGAUGGCGCAUCCGACGGCUCCCGUAAGCCGACGGAAUCAGUCCAGCUCGCAGCGAAUUCUGGCGGCUGCGCGUUGGCUGGCCGCAGCAGCGACGCUCGGCGCGCUGACCUGGACCGUUUACGCGUGGACAGUCGCGCUGCCUGCUCCCGUCCCGGCUGACGUGGCACCCCCGUGGUCGUUCUCGGAGGAGCGCGCCAUGGAGCACGUGCGACAGCUGACCGCCGUUGGUCCGCACGAAUUCGCGUCGCCCAGGCUGGAACGAGCGAUGGAGGUCAUUCUAGAGGCCAUCAGUGACAUCCGUGGGUCCAUUCCCCCAUGCAGCGCCGACAACACACCCACCGACCCUGCACCACCAUCAUCACCACCACCACACUCAGCAGCGUGCAUGGACAUACAGGUGCAGCAUGCAGCAGCGGGGUGGCUGCCCAUCGGCAAGGGGCUCACAGUGGGUGGCGGCACAAUGACCAUCUCAUACGAGCAUGUGCGCAAUGUGCUCGUGCGUGUGGGGGUGCGCCCGCACCUGGGCCAUGCGGGGGAGCUGGGGAAGGCGGGGGAGCGGGGGGAGGGGGGGGAGCGUGGGGGUCCUAGUGCUGCUGACGCCGCUGGUGGUCCUGGUGGUUCUGAUGGUAAUGCUGCUGCUGGUUCUGCUGGUGCGGGAGUGUCGUCUGCUGACGGGCGUUUGUUCCAACGCUCAUCCAUGCUGGUGUCUGCUCACAUUGACACUGUCUUUACCAGCCCUGGAGUGGGCGACGACAGCAGCAACGUGGCGGUCAUGCUGGAGCUCAUCCGCAACAUGCUGCAUGCCCUCGCACGCUCCCCUGCCACUGGGGAUGAGGAGGAAGGCAGUGCAAGUGCAGCGGUGCAGAACGAUGCAGUGCAGAACGACGUGGUGUUUGUGCUCAACAGCGGCGAGGAGGAGGGGCUUAUUGGCGCCCACGCCUUCAUUGCUCAGCAUGCGUGGGCGCAGUCAGUGCGGGCGUUCAUAGACCUCGAGGCCAUGGGCAUUGGAGGGCCCUCCUCUAUCUUCCAGGCGGGUCCAUCUGCAUGGCUACUGCGCAUGUAUCAAGCAUCUGCCCCUCGCCCCCUCGCCAUUGUCUUCGCUCAGGACAUUUUCCGCAGUGGGCUGUUGAAUGCAGGCACUGACUUUGCAGUGUAUCAGGCCAAGGGAGGGCUGUCGGGGCUAGACUUUGUCUUCAUGAAGAACAGCGCCGUUUACCACACCAAGUUCGACGCUCUGCCUCUCCUGGAGCCAGGCUCCCUGCAGCAUCUGGGCGACAACCUCCUGCCCUUCCUGCUCGCCAUCGCCCGCUCGCCCCUGCUCGCACUGCAGCCCUGCCACCCCGCGCCCUGGCACCAGGGGGGUGGACGCGCAGACGGGCUUGGGGGAGGGAGAGAUGGGGGAGAUGGGGGUGAGAGAGGAGUGGGAGGAGGAGGUGGUGGAGGAGAGGCGGGAGCGGUGAAGUUCAAGCCGAUGGGUGGCGGUGUGGUGCUGUGGGCCGUGCUGCUGGCGAUGGGUGUGAGAGGUGGGGCAGGCUCGUCGUACCUUGCUGCUGUGUGGCUGCUCAUGCCUGUGGGCCGAGCUUGCCUCUCGCUCCUCACACCCACUGCCUCACACCACGCCACCACCAGAGCACCGUCCGUCCUCCCCCAAGUGCUGCUCGCUCCGCCGUCCCUGCUAGGCGCUGUGCUGUGGUGUUCUGUGCCAAUCGCCCUCUCCGCCAACAUCCUCCUCGCCUUCCCUCAGUUCGUGCUCGGUGCCCUCCACAGAGCUGACAUGUGA